AUGAUAGAUGACGAGGAUGAAUUUGAAACUGUAGAAAUUUGGUUGGCUGAUGUGCAAAACCAGGUCACAACAUUAAAAAUGUAUUCAAAAGAUUAUGUUAAACACUUAGAUGAUGAGUUCCAAGCCAAAACCCAGAAUGUUGAAAUUCCCCAGAGCCCUGAUCAAAUAAACCUGUCACCCUCUUCAUCCCCUAUUGAUAAUUCAUUACCUACUGAUAACGAGAGGAAUUCUGAUGUAAAUAAUAUUGUUGAUCCUGAUAACCACAGUAUAGACGAUAAUCCAAGUACUUCUGCUGUCAACCCAAGUACUUCUGCUGAUGAUAAUCUGAAUCCAAGUACUUCUGUGGAUCCGAAAAAUUCUAUUGCUGUUAAUCCGAGAAAUUCUACUGCUGUUAAUCGGAGAAAUUCUACUGCUGUCAAUCCGAAUAAUUUUGAUGCUGAUAUUCUGAGUACCGAGAAUAUGAAUGGUCUUACUGCUUCAACUAGCCUGAAUAGUAAUUCUGUCAGUGGAAACCCUACACAAUCUACCGAUGUUUGUCAAUUUAAAAUGGAGAAACCGAAGAUGCCAAAGUUUAGUGGAGAUGUUCGUGAAUAUUAUACUUUUAAGUCAGACUUUUUGCAUAUGGUUUCAUCGAGAUAUAGUAAUGAAACUUAUGCGCCAUUUUCGGGGGUUGAUUUGGAUCCUGAAUAUUUAAGCAGUAAACUGUUACCCUAUGGCGGUUAUGGUAGUUUAUCAAGACAAAAGUUGGCUGGAAAAUUGAAUUAA